UGGAACAGACACCUAGAAACGUCUGCGACGAUAGUCUGACAUCAACUGAUUUGUCCAUCAUGGCCACCUUCCACCUGACAACCUGACCACCUGGAGAACGAUCACUUUCCGCUUUCUGUCCCCAUUGUGAAAUGGAGAAGAUCAUCAAUACACCACAUCCACCAGAGGCAUCAGGGGAUUUCUCGUUUAAUUUAUCUCGAAACCAGAAAAAAGAUUCUGUAAUUCAGAAAGGAAGUUACAGAAAGAGGACUGGUCAUAAAAAAUUGAAUAAAAGCCGUACCCAUCCGUUAAUGAGUCUUUCGAAUUGUACUAUUCCCAGUAAUUACGUAGCCUUGAUUGGCAUGGAAAAUGAUGUAACUCCUUGUCGCACAGAUUACUGUGGAUUUCCAUAUUACAGAAGUUUCAAAGGCAGUAAUUCUUCUUACGACUGUGUUUUGAUGAAAGACGCUUCUGUUUCUUGUACUUUAUUAGAACCAAAAUCAAAUCAAGAUUAUCUGACAUUAUCGGCUAUAGAGGGUUAUUUUCUAAAGCAAAUUAAAACUGAGUAUCAAGAUUUUUCAGAAAUGACGAAAAAAAUAAGCAGUUAUACAAAAUGUAAAUUGCAAAAUUUAUCAAAAAAGUACAAGAAGAGGAAACUAGACCUUGUAAACAAUUCAAAAAAGCGACCAAUGGCUACCGAAUACAUAGACAAAAAUGGGAUCGUGGUUCUAAAACUACGAUGGGCAGAUAUUGAUGAGACCGAAAAAAAAGAAAGCACUGUCAAAAAUAUACUUUCUGCUUUCGUUAAUUCCUGGAAUAUUCUGUCUUCGGCAACAGACGAAGCAAAAAUGGUAUCCGAAUCUACUCGAGGAAAUUGUUCUUGCAUUUAUAAGAAGAUUUUAAGAACCAAUAAAGCAGAAAUUACACCAGAAAUUGAUAGAAGAUCACUUAUUUUUUGGCGAGAGCGUAAAAAAGAUUUGUCCAAAAAAUGUAUUACACGAAAAUAUUGUUCUUAUCACAGUAGAAAGAUAAAUUCUGAUUUUGGAACUGAUAAGAAAAUGAGACCACUUAUAAGAUAUUUUAAUUAAAAGAGAUAAGUCACAAAAAAAAUAUAAAGCCUAUUAAAAUAGAAGAGUGUGUUACAACAAUUUCAAAUACAUAUACGCUCCCAAUAAAAAAAUCAAAACUAUUGAUAUCCGAGUUAUCGAACAUCAUCGAAAAAAUUCAUAAUCAUUUUAUGUGCAGACAUUUUUUUAUUAAUUUAUAUUAA